GGGACAGCCCCGGAGAAGCCCAAUCCCGCGCAGAAGCCCCCCUACUCGUACGUGGCGCUCAUCGCCAUGGCGAUCCGCGAGAGCGCCGAGAAGAGGCUCACGCUGUCCGGUAUCUACCAGUACAUUAUCGCCAAGUUCCCGUUCUACGAGAAGAACAAGAAGGGCUGGCAGAAUAGCAUCCGCCACAACCUCAGCCUCAACGAGUGCUUCAUCAAGGUGCCGCGCGAGGGCGGCGGCGAGCGCAAGGGCAACUACUGGACGCUGGACCCGGCCUGCGAGGACAUGUUCGAGAAGGGCAACUACCGGCGCCGCCGCCGUAUGAAGCGGCCCUUCCGGCCGCCACCCGCGCACUUC